CUUUGCUUCCCCGGUUGGGAGAAAGAAGGGAAGCCGGCCGACCGACGAGGCAGAGCGGGGGAAACGAGGAGAGGAAGCAGCUCCUCGUAGCGACUCAUGGCGGGACCUCUGGCCGCCGCCGCCGCCGGCAAAAUGAAGACCCUUUGGAACAGAAAUAUCUUUGCCUCGCUGCAAACAGGGAGUCCCUUGAGGGUGGCGACCCGGAGGUUGUGCAGCAAACCACCCCCCGAGGAUGGGGCGCAGUUGCCCCGGCCCGCAGCCCCAGGCACAUCUUACCAACCUAUGUACAAGAACGUAGUCUCUCCCUCCAGGUGGAAUAGGAGAGUCUUAUUGUUGACGGGCCGUUACAAGAAAGAAGAGGACAUACCUGAAUUUGUGCCGGCUUCGGUCAUUCACGCUGCAGCAAGCAAGCUACGUGUGUACAUUGGCUGUGCCUCUAUUGUCCUGACACUCAUUAUGUUCUUCUUUGCAGCUCGUUCUGGGAAACGGGCUAUGGAAGAGGGUCGCAGCUUGAGGGCGGUGCACUUGGAGAAAAAAGCUAAACUCUUGGAGCAGACGAUGGAGAGUAGCUCACCCAAGGUGUAAUCAAGAGGAUUAGAUCAGAAGGCACAAGAUUGACUGACUGUCAUCUUUCAAUUAUGAAUCACUUGUGGAACAAAGUUUCAUUAGCUGCUUGCUCCUGUUUUCCACCUUCCAAAAAUAAAUACAUAAAUAAUUUUUUUGUAACCUUCA